UUUUUCAAGGUGGGAUUUUUAUUCUUUGUCUUGAUCUAAAGGGAAUUGAUCAAAGUUUAUAUAUUUUUGAAAAGAACUAGGUGGGUAUAGUGAAGAAAAAUUAGAUAUUCAGAUCCCAUUUCUGAGAAAGUUGCUUCAUUUUAGGUAUUGGGUUGUUAAGAUUGGAAUUAAAAUGAGGAAAGCUGUAAUCUUUCCUAUUAAAGUGUGUUAUAGGACAGUUUGGAAUCAUCCAUUCCUUGUGGGUAUGUUGUGUUUCUUGGCAUUUCUGUACAAAUCAUUUCCUUUUGUGUUUUCAAUCUUGGUGUCUGUUUCCCCUACUCUUGUCUUCACUACUGCACUGCUUGGAACUUUACUAUGUUAUGCUCAGCCUAAUAUACCUGAAUUUGAAUGGGAAGAAAACUCAACUGAUCAUAUAGUGCCUUUGGAAACACGAGAUGUUAUUCCUGUUGAGAGUGAUAAUAGUUACUUCACCGAGAGAUAUACUGAUCAAGAAAGGGAUAAAGUAGACCAAUCAACGCGUAGUGAGGUUCAUAGGGGUAAAAGAUUUGGUGAUCAUUCUGCUCUAAUUGGUGGAGUUUCUGGGCAAGUGGCAAGGGAGUUUUAUGAGCAUAAGAAUGAAGACAAAUUUAGUGAUGCUGAACUUAUGGAGAACCAGUAUUCUCCCACUUCGAAGGUUGAUGAUGAGAGCGUUGAGUUUGAUAAUGACAAAUCAGUUGAUUCCUUUGAUUCUAGGAGGGUUAAUCUUGAUUCUCCUCUUGGUUCACCUUGGAAACAUAGGGAGGAGGCCUUAUAUUCAGGGUCUGAUGGAGCAGAGAGCUCCUCUCCAGAUGCUUCAAUAGCUGAUAUUAUGCCAAUGCUUGAUGAGCUCCAUCCACUUUUAGAUGAAGACAAUCCUCAACUUGUCGGUUUGUCACAUGAUGUAUCUCAUGCCCAUUCAGAAAGUUCUACCAAGUCCUCCGAGAGUGAUGAUGAUGUUUCUGAAGACCAGGAAGAAGUAGAAGUUGCAGAUGAUGAAGAAGAAGAAGAAACACGAGAUACGGAAGGUCUAAAGUCUGCUAUUACAUGGACGGAGGAGGAUCAGAGAAAUCUGAUGGACUUGGGAACCUCCGAGCUAGAAAGGAAUCAACGAUUGGAGAGUCUUAUUGCAAGGAGAAGAUCACGAAAGAACAUGAGUUUUACAGAUGAAAAGAGUUUAAUAGACUUGGUAACUACUGAUUUCAUGCCUCCCAUUUCAACAGCAAGACAGAACCCUUUUGAUCUUCCUAAUGAUAACUAUAGCCCUGGACUCCCUCCUAUCCCUGGAUCUGCUCCAUCUAUUUUGUUACCAAGGUGUAGGCGGAACCCAUUUGAUCUUCCUUAUGACCCAAGUGAAGAAAAAUCCAAUCUUACAGGAGACACUUUCGAACAAGAGAUUAUCACAUCUCAAUCAAAAGAGACAUUUUUUAGGAGGCAUGAAAGUUUUAAUGUUGGGCCCUCAAUCUUUGGGUUGAACAAGAAGGAUACACGUUUUAGACCUUAUUUUGUUCCUGAUGUGAUGGCUGCUGAAGGAACAAGUUAUUCACCAUUUCAAAGGCACCCCAACGAUCUCAGUGAUUCCAAAGUAAGUUCUGUUCUUGAAACAGAGUCACAGGGCUCAAUUGAAGAUCUUGAAUACAAGAACCUCACUGAAGAAGAUGUAGAAGACAAGAACCUAAAUGAAGAACUGGAAGACAAAAACCUCACAGAUGAACAUAUCUUCAAGGAGCCAGAGCUGAUAUCCAAGAUAGAGCAUGCUACCGAGGAUAUUGGGCAUGGAAGCCAAUCCUCCGAAGAAGUAGAAUGUUUGGUCUUAGGUGCAUCUGAUAAAAGAGAUAUUGAACUCGAUGACACUGAUGUUAAACUAGUAAAUAUGGAAAAUCAUCAUGAAGUGGUGGUACCAAUUGUGUUCCAUGAAGAAAAAACAGUCAUUUCCAUGAAACUUAAUCCAUCUAAAAUUUGUUCAAAGUCAGCAACUUCUGAACAAAAAUGUAGUAGUCAAUCAAGUUCUUCGUCAUCAUCAGAAGUAGGUGAAAGGAUCUUUCCUGACAAAGUAGUAGUGAGAUUAAGUUCAGAGGAAGCGAUGUGUCAUGUUGAAACCAUCUCUGAGAAUCCUUCACCGAAUGUGACAGAUUUGAACAUCACAAGGAGUUCAGUGGAGGAGACUUCACAUUUGGAACCUAUUUAUGAUGCCAGUCCUCCUUCCAUUAAGAAAAAUACUUCUUCCUCCUCAAUUGCUUCAGAUCUGCUUCUAGAAUCUGAAACGGAGAUGGAACCUGUGGAAAAUAAUCAAGACACUGAGAAGUCCAUUUCACAAAUAUUUUCAUCAGCAGAUUCCCAAGAAUUGAGGCUGAGGGAGGCUAUAACUGACAAAAAUGAGCUUCAUGUCGCAAAGUUGGAGAUAUCAAAACAUGAUGAAGUCUUUGGCAGUGCAAGUGCUCCUCCAGUUCUUGUAGCAGAUAGUCAGGUAUCUAGUGAUUCAAAAUCGCCCACAAAAGAGGCACCUGUUUCAAUGGAGAAAGAAAGGACCACGGAAAGCUUAAAUAUGUCAAAAGAUCAAGAAGUUCCUCCUGAGUCUGUUCUUAAGCCAUCUAAUGCUAAGAUGGCAACUGAAGAAUCAGAGAGUUUGAAAAAUAUACCAAUUCAUAAGGUAUCAAGUUUGAAAGACCAUGAGAUGGGACUACCAACUCUUGAACCAAGACCAACUAGAGACAUUGAUUUGAUUAAUAAGAAGACCCCUAAAGAGAAUGAUGACAGACACAUCCUUCAUGAUUCAAUUGAUGGUGAUGUGCAUGUUAGAGAAUCCAAAGGAAAUGAAGCUUAUCUACAUUCACAGAAUAUGGGGACAGACUCAGCUAUGAAACAAGUCAUGAAAAAUGAUAUAGAUAAACCAAACACGAGCCUUCAACAAGAAUUAAAAACCGAAUCAAGUCUCCAAAAAAUUGUUGUAUCUGAAAGAAAUGAAGCUGAUGCAGGCAAAAUAGAUCAGAAAGUUGUAAAACAAGAAGAUAAGGUAACUACCACCUAAAAGCCAAAUCAUGCAGUUGAGUUGCCUCAAGAGACAUGUGUA